AUGUCAAGAUUUGUGAUGCACGACCUCAUCAAUGAUCUUGCUCUAUGGGCUGCAGGAGAGACAUGCUUUAGAAUUGAUAAAAAGUUGGAUGGCAACAUAAAUGCCAACAUUUCCUACACAAAUCUCCGUUAUAUAUCUUAUGUUCGUGACUUGUGUGAUGGCGUUAAAAGGUUUGAAGGCUUCUAUGAUGCCAAGCUUUUACGAGCUUUUUUGCCAUUAGCGUUGCCGAAUAUGGCACCGAGUUACUUGACUUACGACGUUCUUCGCAUGGUGCUGAAACUGCCACGUCUAAGGGCCUUGUCUUUGAGUGGAUAUCAGAUCUUUGAGCUGCCAGACACAUUUGGUAAAUUGAAACAUCUACGGUACCUCGACCUCUCUGAUACGGAAAUCGAAACUCUCCCCAAGUCAAUCACUACUCUUUACAAUUUGCAGACGCUUUUAGUAGAAAACUGUUAUCGUUUGAAGAAACUGUGUGAAGACAUAGGGAGCUUAACAAGACUGCGUCAUCUAAAUAAUUCCAAUGUACCUGAACUAGAGAAAAUGCCUUUAAGGAUUGGUAAUCUGACUGGGCUUUUAACACUGCCAAAUUUUGUUGUGGGCAAAUGCAGUGGUUCCAGAUUAGAAGAGCUGAAGAAUUUGAAACAUAUCAGGGAGAGGCUUUGCAUUUCGGGGUUGGAGAAUGUGAAUGCUAGGAUUGCCAUGAAAGCUGAUCUAAAUGGCAAAAGAGACCUUAAUGUGAUAGUACUAGAGUGGACUAGCAACACUGGCGAUCAGAGAGAUGCAGGAGAAGAAAAAAAUGUGCUUGACAUGUUACGACCUCAUCAAGGCUUAAAAGAGCUCAUUAUCAGUGGCUAUGAUGGUGUUUACUUUCCAAUGUGGUUAGAAGAUCCAUCUUUCUUGAAUUUAGCGCUCUUAACACUUGAAAACUGUUACAGCUGUCAAAUAUUGCCAUCAGUCGGAGAACUACCAUUUCUAAAGCACCUUGUUAUUAAAGGAAUGGCUAGAAUACGAAGUGUCGGGAAGGGGUUUUAUGGCUACUCGGAGGUGUCAUUUCCAUCGUUGGAAACUCUUUCUUUCCAGGAUAUGGAAAGAUGGGAAGGCUGGAUUCCACAUGAAAAUGAAGAAGCUAAAGGUUUUCCUCACCUCAGAGAACUUUCUAUUAGCAGAUGCUCUAAGCUGGUAGGAUUAUUGCCAAAACAUCUUCCUUCUUUGGAAAAGCUUGUCAUUAGAAGCUGUGAGCAGUUGCUUCUUUGGAAAAUCUUCCAAGACCCUGCAGAUUAG